AUGCAUGGGGAUCUUUUUGAGGAGUUGUAUAUGAAGGUUCCUCUCGGUCUUAUAGUUUCUUCCUCCUCUUCUGGUCCUCCAUUUAUUUGUAAGCUGAAGAAGUCUUUGUAUGACCUUAAACAGGCCUCCUGGCAAUGGUUUGCCAAAUUAUCACAUGCUCUUAUUUUUAGGGGUUACUCGUUCAGCCUUAAUGGCUACUCCUUAUUCACCAAAUUCACUAGCUCUUCUACUAUUCUUAUUGAUGUAUAUGUGGAUGACAUUUUAUUGGUUAGGAAUGAUGAUUCUGAGUUGACUUCUCUCAAAGCAUUUCUGGAUCAACAAUUCAAGAUCAAGGAUUUAGAGGUUGUGCAUUAUUUUCUAGGUCUUGAAGUUUCUCACCUGCUUCAUGUUCAGCUUGUCAAUCAACACAAGUACCUCAAAGAACUCCUAUCAGUAUUUCAUUGCUCUUCUGCAUCACCUGUGGUGACUCCUUUGGAUUUGUCUGUUAAGCUUACACCCACUUAUGGUGAUGCCUUGGUUGAUCCUUCUCCCUAUAGAAGGUUGAUAGGCAAGCUCAAUUUUUUGCAGCAUACUAGGCAUGACAUUUCAUUCUCAGUUCAGCACCUUAGUCAGUUCCUCAAUACUCCCAGAAUUGCUCACAUGCAUGCUGCUCUUCAUGUCCUUAGAUAUUUGGUCAAGGACCCUGGUAGAGGCAUCUUCUUCAACAGAACUCAGGAUUUUUCUCUUCAAGCAUUUUCAAAUUCUGACUGGGCAGGCGGUCCAUCUUCAAGAAAAUCUGUUAGUGGCUAUCUAGUCACUCUUGGGGGCAGCCCUGUUUGUUGGAAGUUUUCGGAAGAAGGAGGAACAUUUGGUGACAUUCAGAGUACCGUUGUCAGGACCCAGAUUGACUACCUACUCCUUAGAAGGUGCAAUAGAGGUCUUUGCACAGAUUGCAAGGUUAUUCCAAGCGAGAAUCUCUCAACGCAACAUAGGCUCUUGGUGAUGGAUUUGGAGAUCGGGAGGAAGAGGAAGAAGAGGAUUGAGUUCGGUCUACCCAAGAUCAAGUGGGGAGCCUUGACUAAGAACACAACUCGGGUGCUAGUGGAGAAGUUGGAGGCUAUGGGGGGCAUGGAGGAGUAG